AUGGGUGCGUGCACAUCAAAAUCAAGAAAGAACAAAGAGAAACAUUUGAAAGCUGAUCAAACAAAUGGGGAUCAUAACAAUAAAAAGGAUUCGCCUAUUGACCAAACAUCGCCCAAUAAUGCCGAUCAAUUUGCUAAUGUUCCGUUUAUUGAUUCCGAAGAUAAGUUAAAUACAACAAGUUCGUCACAAGCACUACCCUCAUCAACGGAACAGGCAAUCCCAUCUAAUCAAGAUAAUGAUAACGAUGAGCGUACAACCGUCAAAACAAAUUUCGAAACAAAUGUAUCUUAUUCGAGUGCCGAGACCAUUGACAAACUUAAACAAGAAGUGUACACGUUUCUUCGCGAGAAAAUCUUUCCCAUUGCCGAAGAGAAACAAAAACUCGUUGAUUAUGUUCAUAAAAGAAUUAUUGGCGGUACAAACGAUAAUACAUUGAUUGAUCAAAGCCUCGAGCAAUGUUUCAAUGAUAUUCAACAACACAAACAUCCCGACAAUGAUAAUGAGGACAAAAUCAAACGGCGUCUCAUGAACAUUGUAACUAUCUAUGUCGCAUCUCAAUCUUCCGAUAAUUCGUUCUUGAAAGCACUCUACGAUAAAAUGGGACCAUCAUUGGAUUUGAAUUCAUUAAAUGCGGAAACCAAUGAACAUGAAGUUGUUAAUGUAACAGUAACCAAAACAGUGCGACAAAUUUUUGUCGAUGGCUCAUCGGCAUUAGUCGUCAACUCCGCAAGUGAAACAACGACCGACGUACCGAAUAGUGUUAUUCAUUUGGAAAAUAAUGAACAUCACAUUCCUGCUGACUUACCCGAUGAUAUCCGGCGCAAGGCUGAACAAGUAUUGAAUAGUUUUAAUGAUGUUAUUCAUUCGAAACAAAAUUAA